GGCGUCUACUCCAGUGAAAAGAUGGCGGGAGCUUUCUCGUACGAGAGUUCAGAAAUCGACUGGUGUGAAGACAACUACAGACACUCUGAACAUGUAGUGGAGUACUUCAACACUAUAAGCAGCUUCUUCUUCUUCAUUAUAUCUCCCAUCAUGCUCUACCUUCUGCACCCUUAUGCCAAAGAGAGAAACCUGGCGAUUCACCUGGUCUGGUUCAUGAUGAUUUUCGUAGGGCUCUUCUCGGCAUACUUCCACAUGACGCUCAGUUUCGUUGGCCAGAUGUUGGAUGAGCUGUCGAUCCUGUGGGUGCUGGCGGUGGGGUAUGCUGUGUGGUUCCCCCGCAGGCUCUUCCCUUCUUUUAUAAAAGACAGGUCGACGUUUUCGAGUCUUGUCCUGGUGGUCACCGUCAUCACCACACUGUCGUCCUUUGUCAAACCUACAGCCAACGCCUACGCUUUAAACUGCUUCGGCCUCCACCUGCUUUACGUUCUGGGUGUCGAGAUGAGAUGCUGCACUGACCAGAAGGUUCUGCGACUUGCCAAGCUGUCGGUGGCUCUGUGGGUGCUCGCCAUCUCCUGCUGGAUUAGUGACCGUUUUGGCUGCAGCUUCUGGCAGAGGCUAAACUUCUGCUACCUGCACGGUAUCUGGCACAUUCUGAUUGUGAUAGCUGUGGCCUAUGGCAGCACCCUGAUAGCUUACCUGGACGCCAACUACGAGAUACCGUACUCGCUGCCCGGCCUGCAGUACUGGCCUUGUGAUAAAUGGGCUGUUGGAUUACCUCACAUCGUCCUGAAGGGCACUACCAAAACACUGAAACGGUGCUAACAGAGUUAAAGGUCUGCUUUAACUUUGGCAAAACAUUUCACUCCUGUUAGUACAACCUCACCACAAAAAUGACCUGCUAUCUCUCCCGAACUGAUUGACGUGUCUUUUAAGACUACACAACGACUAAAUCUAAGUUACGAUAGUUUUCAGAUACUGUAAAAGGAGUGUUUACACCAUGGAUGGAUUACUGAACCGGCGUAGUAGACAUAGGCGUUCAGGCCCAAAUGCUCAGGAUGCCUGUAAGGGUCAGAGCUGGAGGGCAGCUGAUGGUGAACCUCUGUGGAAAUGUGUGUAUUUAUACAAGAUAUAAAUAGGCACCCUGGAUGAAUGAGGAAAUAAGAGUGUAAAUGUGUGAGUUUUUCUUUAUGUGUGCUGUGAAUUUAUUUUCAAUAUAUGAAUGCACAUUUUGAUUCUGUACACGGUGGAAUAUAUUGAUAUAUUGAUUUUCUAAGAAACAAUAAUUACUGUCAGUCUUCAGUGUGACAGUUUUUUUUGAAUGAAGCACUAUGGUGAAAUGUGUUUACAUGGUGUUUUAACAUCAACAUGUGGUAGUUGCACAGUCAUACAGGGGCACGUUUGAGCUGUGUAACCUGAAGUGAGUUUUGUUAAAUUUUGAAAGUAAAAUUGUAAUUAUCUGUGUAGUGAUGUGUUAGAUUUAAAGCUUUAUUGUUAUUUUAUUCUGAGGAUAUUUAUAACAUUUCAGUUUCACAUAUCUAUCAAUAUCAGAUCAUUCCCAGGUCAACUUCUCAGGGAAAAGUCACACUCAGGACCUUGGAAAUAUGACUCUGAAGGGCAUUUGUAUGGCUGACCACAACAAUCACAUGCAAAUCUUUUUCUUUUGUACGACUGAUUCAUCACUGGACUGUUAAAAGCCUUUCUGUUAAAACAAGCUCCUGAUUUUGGUGAUGUUUUCAGAAUAUUCAGGUACAUCGUGCCUCCAUUCACAUGUCCUUUCCUGAAAGAUACAAUAGAUACAACAAUGGAUGUUUUACAAAAAAGAAAUGCACACAGGCACUCUCUGCACUUCAGUGUUAAUAGUAUAAUAGUGACCUCCUGUGGGUGAUGAGAUAUCCAAAAGUAACCUGUGCUUCUAGAAUAUCUUUGAUUAUUAGAUGGUGGUAGCCAGAUGAUAAACUAAGAGAAAAGUAAGAAAUAAAACAUGUGUUGGCACUAAUUUCAAAUGGCUUGAUGUUAAAGUUAAUUAUCUGUAACUUUUCAGUAUCCUGAUUAAUUCAAGACUGAAAUAUCUCAACAACUAUCGGCUUAAUUGCCAUGAAGUUUCAUUCAGACAUUCAUUUUUUUAAGCGGUUACUAGCCAAACAGGUUGGAAACCGUUGUUCAACACUUAAUCGUUUGUAGAUAGAAAUAUGUUUUGUGCACAUUAUUUAUCUAAAUGUUUGUUUGGAUUUUAUUGAAAAGCCUUGUAAGGACACAACUGUAUAUUUUAUUAUGAUGGAAGAAUAAUA